GGUCAGACUUGGUCACACUGCACGACAACCAACAAUUGCAUUAGAUUUUAAAAAUAAUAAUUCAUUUAAUCUAAGCAUUAGUCAGCUGGAUUCCAAAAUUGCGACGAGGGGUCAAGGGUCAAUGCACAGUCAGCCACUAAGGUUGAACCCAGAAACGAAAAUCCCAACAGCUGUUCUGCCGCUGGCAAUCCGAAUGCCAAACUGGCACACACGGGAAGCAGUAUGCGCCGCAACAACUACCCAUAUCAGCCCCUGAGCAACCACCCGUCUGGAUCUAAUCCUCAACCUGCAAGCCACGAUUCCCUGGAAGCGGAAAACGAACAGGCCGCGGAGGAGCUGAAACAAAAAAUCGGAGCCCUCAAAUCCCUCACCAUCGAUAUCGGGAAUGAGGUGCGGUACCAGGACAAGCUACUCCGCGGAAUAGACGACGAUAUGGAUCGAACAAGUGGCUUCCUGGGCAACACGAUGACCAGGGUGGUACGAUUGGCCAAACAGGGCGGUGGUGCCCGUCAGAUGUUCUACAUGUUUCUUUUUGUCCUCGUCGUCUUCUUCAUCCUCUGGCUGACCCUAAAGUUCAAGUAGUUGUUGCUAAUUUUUAUUAAAUAUACCCACAAAUUUGUAUUGUGUAGUCUAGGGAGAGAAACUUUAAAUAUAUUUGGAAAAAGCA